AUGCCGGCGGCGUCUGUGGUCGCGUCGGCCGUGGAGAGGCUACAGACGGCGGCGCAGGACGCCGCCAUGUCCUCGUCGCGCUCGGCCGUCGCUUUUUCCGAGCAGGCGCAGCAAACCCUCGUGCCCAGGGCCGCCGGCGUGCUUCUUCCAAUCCCCAGUAAUAAUUACAGCUGUACUUCUGAUCUUAUUACUGUACUUAAUGGAAUCAGUUUACUUCCAGCCAGUUUGGCUUACGUUUACACAAGCAGUAUGAGGUAG